AUGACCGAUGUUCAACAGCAAUUUCCACAGAAGCCUGAGACCGCUGUUACUACCACUACCGAUGCCUGUUUGGAUUUCGAAAGAAGAUUUGAGGAAUUAAUGAGGGGGCAAUUGGAUGAUUGUAUGUCAUUUGCAUCAUGCAGCUCCCCGCGUGGUGAGGAUGACGACGAGACUGAGAUUGGUGGUGAUCAGCUCAUGAGAAGGAGGAGGAGGUCGGAUCUCGAAGGUGAUGAUCUGGCAGAAUCAUCAGCUGCCAGAAGACGUCACUCGCGGAUUUUAAGCAGAUGGGCUGCCAGGCAAGCACAGGAGAUGAUUGCCACAACAGAGAGGAGAAACCGUGAGUCUGAGUUAAUGGCACUUGCUGGUUUGCAUACUGUUUCCAUGUUGGAUUCGUCAUUCUUGAGGGAGUCUCAGUCUCAGUCUCCUUCUCCUACGUCCAGAGGGAAUGCCGAGAGACCGAGAACACGUGCGUCUUCCAUCUUACAGAUGUGGAGAGAGUUGGAAGAUGAACAUGUGUUGAACCGUGCACGUGAAAGGGUAAGAGUGAGACUCAGACAUCAGAGGAGUGUUGACUCGAACACAAAUGUUUCAAGCACCACAGAAGGCAGGGGGAGUGAACAUCAAGGUAGUGAGAACGAGUAUGGAAGUUGGUCACACGAUCAAAUGGAAGCACAGAACGAGAGUCAAGACAAUGAGGUGUCUAGCCGGGAACAAACUCCUGAUAUAGGUGAGGUGGAAAGGGAGAGGGUGAGGCACAUUGUUCAGGGGUGGAGGGAGAGUGGUGUGAGUGUAACAGAUAGGGGUAGUAGUAGUAGUCCAAGAGCAGAAUGGCUUGGGGAAACAGAGCGUGAAAGAGUGAGGAUUGUGAGGGAGUGGGUACAAAUGACUAGUCAGCAGAGGGGAUCUCGUAGGGAGGAGCAAGGUGGUGAAGGGCAGCCGGAGCAUAUACGAAGGGAUAUGUUGAGGUUGCGUGGUAGACAAGCUCUACUUGAUUUACUUAUGAGGGUUGAAAGAGAACGCCAGAGGGAACUUGAGGGUUUGAUUGAGUAUCGUGCGGUUUCUGAUUUUGCACAUCGGAACCGCAUUCAGUCGUUACUGAGAGGCAGAUUUUUGCGAAACGAAAGACCUGUAGAGGAUGAGAGACCAUCUUCAGUUGCAGCAAGUGAGAUGGUUCAGUUGAGACAACGAAACACAGUCUCUGGUUUGAGGGAAGGGUUUAGGUCCAGAUCAGAGAACAGUUCUUCACAGGAGAUCACGGAACAUGAAGACCAAGAACAAUCAGAAAUCUGGGUGGAGGAAAGCGAGAUUCAUCAGGUGACGGUGAGUGAUCGAACCGGAAGUUUGGAGAGCAUUGCAGCUGUUGAGAGCACAAAUGAAGAAGUGGAUAUUGAUGAAGGAGAGGAGUGGCGAGACCAGGUUGUUGAAGAUGAGAGAGGAGAGUGGCAGGAGGAGACUUCAGUUAUUACUGAUGGAGAUGGUGCACAUGAGGUUGAGAAUUGGUCAGAAGGACCUUCUGAUCCACCAAGAAUGCCACAUUCUGGUAGUGUUAGGCGACCCAAUAGGUUUCACUUUCACCCACCAGAGGAUGAUAACGUGUACAGCAUGGAACUCAGGGAACUUUUAAGCAGGAGAAGUGUUUCUAAUCUUCUUCGUAGUGGUUUCCGUGAGAGUUUGGACCAGUUGAUACAAUCGUAUGUGAGCAGACAAGGUCAAGGUCAAAGUCGUGCACCCAUCGAUUGGGAUCUUCACCGGAAUAUACCUACCCCAGCUUCACCAGAGGGUGAGCAGGAACAACAACAGCACAGGGACAGAGACGGACAGGUUUUAGCAUCUCCUCCUCCUGUCCCCCCACCACAACCAAUCUGGCAUCAUUUGCCUUAUUCCAGUUGGUCACGUCACAGCAUGCAUCAGCAUCGCUCUGAACUCGAGUGGGAGAUGAUUAAUGAUUUGAGGGCAGAUAUGGCGAGGCUGCAACAGGGGAUGACCCACAUGCAGAGGAUGCUCGAGGCUUGCAUGGACAUGCAACUUGAGCUUCAACGCUCUGUCAGACAGGAAGUUUCGGCUGCUUUGAAUCGGUCGGAGAGCGGUGCUCAAGGUAUUGAUGCGGAAACAUCAGAAGAUGGAUCAAAAUGGGUUCAAGUCAGAAAAGGAACCUGUUGUGUUUGUUGUGAUAGCCAGAUUGAUUCUUUGUUGUACAGAUGUGGGCACAUGUGUACUUGUUCAAAGUGUGCAAAUGAGCUGAUUCGUGGAGGGGGGAAAUGUCCAUUGUGCAGGGCACCCAUUGUUGAGGUCAUCCGAGCUUACUCCAUACUGUAGUAGUGUAAACAGAGACAACAAACUCAAACUGACCCAAACAAAUUCUUUGUGUUCUCUCAUCGCUGGAGAUUAGAUAACUGAGAGUGCUUCAUUUUUGCCUCACUACUGUUGUUGUACUGAAUGAUUAUUGUGCACUCGUUGUAUAAUUGGAAU